UGCGUCACAUUUGAUGUUUCUUAUCAAUGUCUCCACUCCAGAAGGUGGUGACUCAGGCUUCAUGUAUAGCUUCACUAGCGCUGGCAGUUUUCUAGUGCCUUAUCCAUUCUUCAUGUCUGAGUCUCAAGAAAUAAAGUAUUGCCACUCUGUGCACCAAAGGAGGACAGCCCAAUGGACCCUGAUGCACAAUGAAUGUCCACAGACACUUUCUAAGAGCACUGAAAUACCAUGGCAACUUGGAGCAGUUGUGACCCGUGCAGGUCAUGUUCACCACAUGAAGAGAAGAGCAGCGAAGCAGACGCAGAGCAGAACAUGGUAAAAGAAGCAGAGGAUGUCUUUCGGAAUUAUGUCUACCAGCGUUACCAAACUGAGGUAGAAGAGAGAGUACAGGAUGGAUUUGUAACACCGGCCAUGCAAGAAAUGACAGUCCAACAACAGUCUGGGCUCAGUUCCACAAUGCAGAUAGGGCGUCAGCUGGCUGUGAUUGGAGAUGAGAUCAAUCAGCGAUACAAGUGGGAGUUUCGGAGUGUGCUGGCAUGGAACGCACUCACACUUGAGAAUAUCUUCGAGUCCUUCUGCAGUGUUGCUGAAAGGCUGUUUGAUGCUGGGAUCAACUGGGGCCAAAUCAUUGCUCUGCUGAGUUUUGGCUACAGGAUGUCAAUUUACAUCCAUCAGAGAGGAAUCUUGGGAUUUUUUGGCAGAAUUGCAAAGUAUGUCGCAAAGUUUAUUUGGAAGAACCAAAUAGCACAAUGGAUCAUGGCGCAGGGAGGCUGGACCGCUGCCUUUUCCGUGGAGAAUGCCAGCCUGAAGUAUCUGUGCGGCAUCGUGGCUGUGGUAGUGCUGGGCGUGGCCAUUGCCCACGGGGUUUACAAGUAACGAGGAGUCACGAGUGCUGCGUCAAAGCUGGUCUUAGGCCGAGCAGCACGGCACGUUUCACCCAGGUGGUGGACCAUUGUCUUUUUCUAAAUUUGAAACGAUCGUGUUUGUACUCUAAAUAAUUUAGCUUUGGAUAUUUAAACUGUUUGUGGGAAAAGUGCUGGGCCACAUUUACAUUUUCUAAGUAAAUUUUUUAAAAAUAAUAAUAAUAAUAUAAGGAUUGCAAAAGUCAACGGAUGGCCGUUACAGGUAACGGCUCCGUUGAUGGUAUUGUAAGUCUGUGUUGAGUCUAUUUUUUUUUGCUAUCGUGUACUAAUCCUGGUGACACAGUUCCACCUAUCAUGUAUGAUCACUGGUUGAUAAUCCAAACUGAAAUGAAUUGUUUUUCCAGAAAUGGGCUUUGGUUUUGACAAACGAAUAAAAACAUCAACAAGCCAAUGCA